AUGGAAUCAACAGAAGAAGAGUACGAUGAUACAGGAGAACAAAUCGUUGCUGAAUCAACUCUAGCAUUGUUCCAACAACUGUUGGUCCGAUUGAAAAGCAGGCGAUGGUUUGUAGUGCCAACGUCAAAUGAUUUGGCAUUGGCUAACAAUAGUAUUACUACAGUGCUCUCGUUAGAUUUCCUCACCAUCUACCACAUGCUGCUUGCCACUGCUAUUGUUGUCGAGAAGAGUGAUGCCGAUGGAACUGUCCAAACAGAAGUGUGCAACGAAGAAUCCAUCACCGCGCUCAACCAACGAUUCAAGAGGCCCAAGCUUCAAUUCCGAACAAUGGAGAUGUCGCUGCUAGGCAGCACUGAGCCACGUCGAUUGUUGUUUGUAAUCCGAAAUAAACCACGGGCGACAGAGAUGCAUCCGUCCAUUAACUUCCCUGGCAGCAAAGUGCACGAUGGUGGAGGCAAUCGAAUUCGACGUCCAGUGCACACGAGAUCACCCAUUCAUUACAUAACAAAAGGAGCGGCGACAAGCUAA